GCGAGGAAGUCAGCUCGACUGACCAUUUUUCCCGUCGUCAAACGGAUCAAGCUUUUUGUGAGAUUUGGAUCGAUCACAAAAAGCAGGAUUCGCUUUUCGCUAGGAACAUUGGCUAGUUGAGCUCCCCUCAACAGUAACAGCAGCAUCACUAUUGUUGUCGUUGUUGGCGCUAUAUCCUGUUCCUGUCAGUAUCAGUCAGUAUUAUCUCUUUAAAGCGCACAAACACCCGAGGGGGUGGAUCAGCGUCUACCUACAACACACCCCGCUGUCACAAUAAACAGCGUUUGCGGCUUUCUGACAGUGCUCUACAAUUGUGGAAAAAAAAGUUUAUAAUGGAAGAGCUGAGGCACCAAGUACAACCAAAUAUUAUGAUGGAUACUCAAAUAGAAGUAAUCCGUCAAGGAAACAUGAUGGCUGGAGCUGUGCUACCAAAUCAUUCUAAUAAUGCUCAUAGACGCACUAAAACUAAAGUUACAAUGUAUGCAUUAAUGUCUGAAGCAUUACCUCUUGAUGAGGCAGCAAGGCUGGAAAUGAAAGCCUUACCAAGUAAAACGCCCGUGUCUGUUUUACAAGAAUUGUUAUCACGGAGAGGUACCACACCUAAGUAUGAACUUGUUCAGAUUGAAGGUGCUAUCCAUGAGCCAACGUUUCGCUAUCGUGUUACUGUUGCUGACGUUGUUGCUAUGGGUACAGGUAGAUCCAAAAAAGAAGCUAAGCAUGCUGCUGCCAAAGCUGUGCUCGAUAAGAUUAUUGGAAUAAAUACUACUGAGAAUGCUGAAAGCUCACUUCCAAACAGCAUUUCCGACUCCCAUAAUAACCAAGAGGUUCAAAGUAAUUAUGGUGAAGAAAAAGUUAUUAAUAAUCCAAUCGGUUCACUUCAAGAAAUGUGUAUGUCUCGUCAUUGGCCUCCUCCAAAGUAUUCAAUGGAAAGUGAAGAAGGCUUACCUCACGAAAGACAGUUCACUAUUAUUUGUUCUAUAUUGAAAUACAAGCAAGUUGGACAAGGCAAAAGUAAAAAGUUGGCAAAAAGGCAAGCUGCACAUAAGAUGUGGCAAUCAUUACAAGAGGCUACUUCAAAUUGUACUCAAGCUGUAGAUGAAGAGGAGAUUGUGCAGAAAAACGUUAAUGUAAGUACUCACUAUUCGACUCUAAAAGAUAGUAAAAUCGCUACAUUGACUACGACGCACAGUCACAAGGUAUCACAGUUCCACAAGAAUUUGAAAUCUUCCACAGGCAUUAAGCUUUUUGAACUUCAGAGUACAUGUCUGAAUGAUGGUGACGUAAACUUAGUACAGUUCCUACAGGAAAUCGCUUCGGAACAGCAAUUUGAGGUGACUUAUGUAGAUAUUGAAGAAAAAUCGAUAAAUGGAAAAUGUCAAUGUCUCGUUCAAUUGUCAACAUUGCCAGUUGCAGUUUGUUAUGGGUCCGGAUUGACGAGUAAAGAUGCUCAAGCUUUUGCAGCUCAGAAUGCUUUAGAAUACUUGAAAAUCAUGACCAAAAAGUGAGCCAGUGCUACAUUACAUUUAUCGCUAGCCGUUGCUGUAAAUUCUAUGUCCAACAAGAGUAACAAUAAUACAUUGUCGAAAAAUCCAACGAGAGACAGUCACACUGCAUCUCAUUAUGCCAGCAAUGAUAAUUCAAGUUUCAAGAUCAAAUCUAAUUGUAAGCUUGACAAAAGUUCAGGCCCAAUUUCCGGAGUAGGUAAAGUCAAACAAGGACCCAUGUUACAGGGAAAUAUGACGACGACGUUUAGUACAGCUAGUUGCAAUAAUUCUAUCGAAUGUAAGACCUCCGUUUCAAACAACCAUUAGGGCGCUGUUUUAUCACAGAAAAGUCAGAACGAAAUCAAAAAGUUAUCCAAUAAAUUUGAAUCAAAGGGCCCGAGACAAAGACAAUAUUCAACUUAUGUGUCAUCUCACGAUCAACUAGCAAUAUCCAAUGAUUAUUCAAGCCUGGGUAAUUGUGUCAACAGUUCUAUCUUUGAGUUUUAAAAACAAUCAUUCGGACUGUGCAGGAAAAAAUGAUUCCUCAGGAUUGCCAAUGUUAAUAUGACGCUCAAAUGUCCCAGUGAAAUAAGAAAAACUUCUUUGAUAUUACAUCAAGCCAGAGAUCUGGAUAUUGCGAUGCGACAUUCUCCCGUCAGCAUCAAUAAUAAUAUAAUUUACUUGUCUGCUCGUCAAGACUCUGAUCAGCGUAAAAAGCUGCCAAAAAUUCUAUCACAAAAGCUCCUGCUGCAAAUUUCUCGCCUAUUCUCGCGCCUCAAAGCAUCGUCAAACAUCCUUUUGUGACGAAAGCUGGAUCGAAACAGCGCAAAACCUGGUCUCAUUAAUCAUCUCAAGUCAAAGUUAAUUACAAACAACCUGUUGCCACAAUCAAGUGACAUAAAAAUAUACGAUCCGUGUACCUUCAACCCGCAGUCCUAUUCCGUAAGAUCCGAAUUAAUUUAUCAUAUUCAUCCACCGACAAGCUUUAAAAACAAAAGAAUUAAAUCAUGAAAAUGAAGAGUAAUGACGAUUCGUGGUCUGUGCGUAGGUUCAAGGUGAAUAUAAACUUAUAGUAUUUUUAGUAAAGUCUAAUGCAUCAAUCUGAACGGACUUUAUUUUUGUCAAAAAAUGUAAACUAACGAAUUUUGCUACCUGCACAAGUGCUUAUUUUUAUUAUAUUUUUUCUUGUAUGUAUAAAUUGCUGUGAUACAAUCCAUGAAUACUUCUGAAGUAAUCGAGAUAUUCGAACAAAUUUAUUAAAUUAAUUUUAAAAUGACAACAAAAUAAUUUUGCAACCACGCAAAUUUGAAAAACAUUACAAUUAAUCAUGGUAACACUCAAUAAUCUAACAAUAUUAAUGGUGUAUGUUUUCUUCAGUACAAUAGCACAAGAAUUCAUAAGCAUCACAAAUAAUGAACCUUUAAGAUUGAUCCAUGUAAAGAUUUGUUUAUUAAGUACGUACUAUAGAUGAAAUCAAUUACUCAUGUGUAUACUAAUAUUGAGAUAGAGAAAAAAAAGACAAAUGUUGAUAUCUUAAUAGUUGCUCAAAUGGUCAAAGUAAAUAGGUAAAUUUGUCUAAUUAUCAAAGGAAACGAAACGGAAGUGUCAAGUAUAAUUUAAUUUUUAUAAUUAGUGUCUUUAUUUUGAAGAGUUAAAAUUUUUUGAAAUAUUUCUUCAUUUGUUACUUGAAAUUUUACCAGAAAUUGCAUAGCUGAAUUUAUUUGGUGGUGUAUUUAUAUAGAUACAAUUUUUACCAUGAUAAUUUUUAUCAGUACUUCCCAUGUGACUGUUAAACUCGUAACUGCGAAAGUAUAAAGGAUUGACGAUCAGAUGUAAUAUUGUCAAACGAACGGUCGAUUUAAAACUUUACUCCUACGAAAACCAAAUUUUUUUAUCAACAGUAAAGAUUGUACAAAUAAGCGUUUUGAACGACUAGUGCUUUUUGCGACAAUAUCGUUUUGAAAAAAAUUAACCAAUUAUUCGGAACUAGUAUUUGUAAAA